AUGACAACUCAAAUAGACUCACCCAACAAUGAAGGGGCUAUAAAUCAACUAAAUAAUCAAUCUUUACCAAUACCCACAAUGAAUAAAAAUGAAAGUAAGGAACUAAAAAAUUGGUUAGCCAAAUCAAAUUGUCAACACUUAUUACAUAAAUUUUUAGAUCAUGGCGUUAGCUUAGAUUUAUUACCUGAAUUAGAUACUUAUAGUUUGAAAGAAAUUGGAGUUAUUAAAGUUGGAGAUAGAAUUCGACUAGAAAUUGCCAUAAAUAAUUUGAAAACUGAAAAAUUGAAGACAUUCAUAGACAUUGAUGAAUUAUAUAAGAAACUAGAGUUAGAAGUAUCACCAAAUGAACCAGUCACCAAAUCAAAUAUUCCUAGUUUAAAUACUUUAUUGAACCCUAGUGAAGCUUCAUUAUUGACUCAAUUCAACAGUGGAAGUAACUUAAAUUUAAUUCAUCAACAACAAUCACAAGAACAACUACAACAGCAAUCGCAAAAUGCAUCAACAUCAACCGCAAAGAGCUCAAGUAAAAAUAUAUCAUUCAUUCUACAAGAUGGUAGUAUCAAAAGAGUAAAUGUAACAGGUUGCUUCAACGCUCAAGCAAUCAAAAGAAAAAUAUUGAAAAAACUAGGUUUUAAACCUCAAGAAUCUACUCAAUUUGACACAUAUAUACAUUCAACAAACAUAAGUGAUUAUAGAAAUUUAUAUGAAGAUUUUGAACCAUCAGUUAUAAUGCUAUAUGACGUUGAAUUAGUGACUAUAUGUUAUUCACCAGAGAGAUUAGAGAAGCAUAGAAUCAUGUUAGUCCCAAAAGAUCAAAGUCCAACAGAAUCAGCAAUAGAAACUUCAAGACUAGUCAUGCAUAAAUAUAACAAAACUUUGAAAACCCAAAUUAAAAAUGAAUUAAAUUUCCCAGAUAGAUCCACCACAGUCCAAGAAAAUAACAACCAAACUAAAGUCAAUAUAAAAGAUAAUAAGUAUUCAAGAUCUACAAUGAGGAACUUUUUUGGUCAGAGACCUCCAAGUGAAUUGAUCUCUUCAAAUUUAGCUGAAUAUUUCCCAGAAACUAAACAAAAAGACCUUGAACAAACUGUCAGAAAUUCAGUAAGGUAUAGUGUUAGACUAAGUCGAAAAAUGAAUUUACCAGCCGGAGCUUUUUCAUCAAGUUCAAUUGCACUUCAUAAUGGUAAUAAUAUCAGAUCAUCAAUGCUAAGUAAUUCAACGGGUUUACAUUCUCAAAGAGGGGUGUCUAUAUCAUCAGGUGAUCAACUUGGAUUUGGUAGAAAAAGUAAUAGAACCAUUGGUGAUGUUAUGAUGAAUAAUAUUACAUCAAUUGAUGAAGCUGUUGCAAAUGAUGAUACUUCAAGCAUGUUUAGUAAACCCUCACAAAUUAAUCAUAAUAAUUCGAAUAACGCAAGUCCACAAUUCAAUCAAGGUAGAUUUACUAAUGAUAAUGACGCAAAAUCAAUAAUAAGUUCAAGAAGUAUAAGUGAAGGAACUGCAUUACAUAGAAUUUCAAUGUCUGUGACGAAAGAAAAUGAUGAAGAUGAAAACACUGACAGGUUAUCUAAAAUAGAGCUACUAAAUCUAAGUGAUAGUGACGGAGAAGAUGGGGAAGAUUAUGAUGAUUAUAUAGACAAUUGGGGAGACUUAAGUGGACAAUCUGAAUGUAAUGUACCAGAUAAUUGGUUGAAAGGAUCGAAAAUUGGAUCAGGAAGCUUUGGUACGGUCUAUCUAGGUAUGAAUCCAUUCACUGGUGAAUUAAUGGCUGUUAAACAAAUACCCUUAACUAAUAAUAAUUUACAACUGCAAAUUCAACAACUGCAACAACAACAACAACAACAAGAUUUACCAUCACCAAUGUCAGUACAAGAAACAAGUGAAGAAAAACCCGAAUUACCACCGAAAUCACCAUCUAAAACUCAACCGUUCUUUGAUUUAUUAGAAGAUCAAAAAAGAGAAAUGAUGAUAUUAAAAGAAUUAAGUCAUGAUAAUAUUGUCAGAUAUUUCGGUAGUUCAACUGAUGAAAACUAUUUAAAUAUCUUUUUAGAAUAUGUGCCUGGAGGUUCAGUUCAAACAAUGUUGAAUUCAUAUGGACCAUUUGAAGAACCAUUAAUUCGUAAUUUUAUAAGACAAGUAUUAAUUGGAUUAGAUUAUUUACAUGGUGAAGAUAUUAUACAUAGAGACAUAAAAGGGGCAAAUAUUUUAAUUGAUAUAAAAGGAACUGUUAAAAUUGGAGAUUUUGGAAUAUCUAAAAAAGUUAAAACAAUAGAUGAAGAAGAUGAUGAAUUUAAAAAGACAGGUAAAAGAGCAGGACUACAAGGCUCAGUAUUUUGGAUGGCCCCAGAAGUAGUUAAAAAGACAAUUUAUACAAAAAAAGCAGAUAUUUGGUCAGUUGGAGCAUUAAUCGUUGAAAUGUUUACUGGUAGACAUCCAUUUCCCGAAUUAAGUCAAAUGCAAGCAUUAUUUAAAAUUGGUAAUCAUAUAUCUCCAAAAAUUCCAGAAUGGUGUACUUUUGAAGCAAAAGAAUUUUUGAAAAAGACUUUUGAAUUAAAUUUCGAGAAAAGACCUGAUGCUAUAAAUUUAUUGUCUGAUGAAUUUUUGAAUGCUUUGAUUAUUUCAAAACAAUAA